AAAUCGUAUGCUAACAAGGAAGAGAGCGCCUUUCGUCAAAGGAAUCAGGAGGACGACAAAACGGCUUCUCUCUCAAAUUCACCUGCUUUUAGCUUUCUUCCCUCUCUCUCUCUCUCUCUGACUUUCAAUAUCAUAAUCUUCCAUUUCCCUUUCUCUUCUCGUCUGCUUCUCGUUUCCUCCAUAGCUGUAUCUGUCACGGAUUGUUCUUCGUUUCUUAGCAUAGCUAACAGUGACACAUUCGUCGUCAUCGCCUUCUCCUUCUUCUUUAAGUUUCAGAUCCAUAGCUCUUUAUCUGCGAAAUUAUUGCGUUUUGAUGAAGAGUGAGAAAUCAGCUCUGUUGCUGAUAUUUGGUGAUCGGUGAUCAGCUCUAGAGCAAGAGGAGCCUGCAAAAUACGUAUGAACUAUAAAUUUGAUCAGGCAACAGUAUAAGAAGAUUCGAGAUGGUGAUGAAAGAGAAAGAUGAAGAGCUCGCUCUUUUUCUUGAGAUGCGGAGACGGGAGAAGGAGAAGGAGAGAAAUAAUCUUCUUCUAAACAACUCCUCCGAUGAGCUUAAUACCUGUUUAGGAACCAAUAAUCCUGGCGGUGAACCAAUAUCUAAAGUAAUUUCCUGUGUGCCGCCUCGAAAGACUGCGGCUGAUAAAUUUUUGGAUUCAGAGAACGAUAAAUCUGAUUAUGAUUGGCUUCUUACACCACCUGAGACCCCACUUUUUCCUUCCCUGGAGAUGGAAUCAAAGAAAGCUGCAAUGGAUCAGAUUGGGAUGUCAAAUGAUCGUCCCACUGCUCUGAAGGCAAGGCUGACAAAUAUCCAGGAAGAACCUGCUUCAAAGAUUAAGGUAGCAUCAAAGCGUACAACUUUGCAUUCUGGACUAAACUCAUCAAAUACCAGUAACAGAAGGCCCUCUUCAUCUGGGGGACCAGCAGCUGCUACUAGGCCUGCUACACCAACCAGGCGGCUCACUGUACCUACAACUGCUAAACCUUCAAGAGCAUCCACUCCCACUUCACGGGCGACCUUGCCUUCCACUAAGCCUGCAGGUCCUCCAGUGAGAUCCUCAACUCCUAACAGAACCUCUGCUCGCUCUUCAACACCAACUGCCAGACCUUUGCCAUCAGCUUUAAAGUCAACAUCAAGACCAGCAACUCCAACUCGCCAAAUAUUGACUCCUUCAGGUGCAGCUACUGUGGCUGCUCCUCCCAGUAGUCGGUCUUCUUCAGUACCAAAGUCUGUCCCCACAACAUUGAAAAAUCCAGUGUCAUCACGUGGCAGUUCUCCUACUGUAAAGCCUAGGCCUUGGAAACCUAAUGAGAUGCCAGGUUUCUCUCUUGAUGCUCCACCAAAUUUAAAAAAAUCGUUGCCAGAAAGACCAGCUUCAGCCUCCAGGGGUAGGCCUAGUGAUGCAAGUGCUCGAUCAUUUUCAAUUGAGGCUGGUUCUAAAGGAAGACCGAGACAACAGUCAUGUUCUCCUGCUAAAGGAAGGGCUUCAAAUGGUGGCUGGCUCUCCAUUCCCACUAAGAGCAAAGCACAACAUAAUGGUGAUGAUGAUGUGAACCCAGUGCUCAUGGGAACACAGAUGGUUGAAAGAGUAGUAAAUAUGAGGAAGCUGGCACCACCAAAGCAAGAUUACUCUACCCAUAAUAAUUCAGGCGGGAAGUCAUCUUCCCUUGAUAGCACUGGCUUUGGUAGAACGCUUUCAAAGAAAUCUCUGGACAUGGCUUUGAGGCACAUGGAUAUAAGGCGAAGCAUUGCAGGUAACAACCUACGCCCACUCACCAGCAUUCCUGCUUCCUCUGUUUACAGUGUAAGGUCAGGAGGGUCCAGCAAAAGCAAGACAAGUAGUGCUUCGGAUUCUCCACUGGCCUCAAGCAGUGAUGCCUCUGAGCCAAGUGUCAACGAUAACUCCCCGUUUGUUGAUGGAAUAGAAACGGAGGACAAUGACUAUGGAAGUGAACGAGGAAGUUCAUCUCCUCCAAGUCAUCUUGGUAAGUGAUAAAUGGGGCCAUUAUUUCAGUGUUGAAUUUGAUGCUGCACACAUAAAAUUGCUUCCACAUUUGGUACCUACGCUUGGAACCUCUUUCAGCUUGGCAUUUAAGAGACACUUGAUGCCUGAAGGAACUGAUAGCAGGCAGGCAGUUUAUAUUUUCUUAAUAUCUAUUUCAAAGAAUGGAGGUGCAUGCAUAUUACCAAACUCAUUCAGCAUAUUAGUGGAAGAAUCUGUUUGAUGGACCAGUUUUAUGUGUCGUCAUGUGUAACUGUUCUGUAUUGGAAAACUUUGUACUACUUCAAGCUUUUCUGAAGAGCUCCUUCAGCGUAUACAUUUGUCAAAUAUAUUAAUGAAAUAGAGUUUUCCUUC